CAGUGGACACAGCACAUUAUCGGUUAGAUACAUAGAUAGAUAGAUAGUGAUAUUUUUUAUUUACUGCCUUUUCUUACAAAAUCAAUCUGAUUGUUGGCUUGUAUAUGCACACACUGUAUUGUCCUUCUACCAUCUGCCUGGAUUCAAGCAUCUGCUCUACUGCCUAGUUUUGGCCUAGUUCCGCCCUAUACUCAAGCAUUGUGAAUCGGAGGUGGAUAAAAUUUCUGCCUAGAUGUGGGCAUGAAAUUGUGAAAAUUAAAUUGGUACAACGUAUCUGAAAAAUUCGCCCCCCCUACCGCCUACCGGGCAAACUUUGAACUAAUUGUUUCUCCCCGUCACCAAGUUAAACCGCAAUAUCACCAUGAACUCAAUACACAUUGUUGUUGUUGUCUUAGCAGCUGUCGUUACCAGUUGUCAUGCGCAGUGCAAUGAUCAACAGCUGAACAAGGCCAAGUUGCGGUUUAAGGACUGCUUAGAGGACAAGAAGGCACACUUGCUGCAAUUGGAUUAUGAGGAGGACAAUGAUAUGCAACUACUUAUAUGCAGUGGACUCAAGGAGCUGUCUACUGGUUGCCAGGAAGCAGUUAAUGAGUUCUCUUUCUGUAUGAGUAGAGAACAUGUAGAUCAUCUCGUAGAGAUUCAUAUCAAUGCUAUCUCAGAUCAUCUCGUAGAGAUUCAUAUCAAUGCUAUAUCAGAUCAUCUCGUAGAGAUUCAUAUCAAUGCUAUAUCAGAUGUUCUGGCCCCCUUCCACCCUACCCUAGAGCUAAGGGACUGCCCAGUGUUUAAUACUCCUCCACCAACUAUAGUUCAUCAGAAACCCGAACCUGAAGCCGCGGCCGCAGAAUAUUCAGUUACAGGAACUGGAGUUUGGUUCUAUCCUGGUUUACUUACCAUCAUUCUUUCCGUAUUUUUGCUGUAAACAAAUAAAAAAUAAACAACAUGAUAUGACGCAAAAAAGAUGAUAUUACGAAAAAAAAGAUGAUAUUACGCAAAAAAAGAUGAUAUUACGCAAAAAAAUCAACCAGUGAGAAAAUAGGGCAGAAUCGUUAACAAUAGACAUAUUUAAGUAGAGUAUACUACUUUGACUUUUUCAAAAGUACAUAAAAUUUCCUAUUCUUAGUAUUAUAUUAAUAUGUACAAAUUUAAUGAUUUCUUUUUGUACAUGAUCCCCUGUACAUAGCCUUAAUUUGUUGUACAAAUAACUACCAGUUAAUGUAUUAUUGUGAUAACUUAUAUCUUUUUUUCUGUUUAAUUUAAAUAUAAAUAUGUGAUUUAUUUACGGAAUUUAUUUGUCUAUGAAUAUUUUUUACAGUUCUUGAUUUUCCCCUCUUCUUUUUUCGAAAACGGAGACAAACUACAUAGAAAUAGUCUUGAUUAUAAAAAGGUGGUAAAUGAAAUGGUAUUUUUUUAAGCAAAAAUAUUAGAAUAUCAAAUGCCGAAUGAUCAAAAAUCUUAAAAUGAUCUAAAAAAUGUACGCUAAAUAGUUAGGACAACUAUUAUUUUUGCAAAAAUAUCAUACAAUUUUACAAUAAAGUUAAUUUUAAAGUUUAAGGUAUUCUUAAACAUAUUUUUAUGAUAAAACGUCUGUAAAAUGCAAGCUCUCUCUUU